CGGGCGGGGGCGGCCGGAGCAGACCGCGGUGCCCGCGGCCUCUGGUUUUUGAUGUGUUUGUGGAGGCUCCCGGUGUUGGUUGUCGGAGGGGCGCUGAGGUUCGGGCUGGUGGCUAACGCCAGGUGUUCCUGAGCCCGGCUGGGGCAGGCACACGCCUGUGUGUGGGCACAUGGAUGCAGGAAGAACCCUGGGCUGAGGAAAACGUAGAAUUAUAGAAUUAUAAAAUACGCUGAGUUUCAAGGCCCCCACAAGGAUCACUGAAAUUUGAUUCCUGGCCCUGCACAGAACAGCUCUAAGAAUCGCACCAUUGAGAGAGUUGUCCAAAUGCUCCUUGUGCUUGUCAUGCUUGGAGCCGUGACCCCAUCCUUGGGGAGUCUGUUCCAGUGACCAUCACCUCUGGGUGAAGAGCCUUUAAUAUCCAGCCUAAACUUCCCCUGACACAGUUUCACCCUUUUCCCUCGGGUGCUGUCAUUGGUCACCAGAGGGCAGAGAUCAGCGUUGUAAAAAGCUUGGAUACUUGCUAGUUCCCUCUGUGAAAUACUUUAACAGAGUAUGAGUGGUAGAAAAAUGAAAAAAACAAGUAUCUCACGAUUCAUGCUCACGGGCCCGGGUUUCCGUCCCCCCGCGUACUCGCACAGCGACUGGAUCGGCCCCCCAGACAAGCUCUCCAACCUGCGCCCCAUCAUCUUCUACGUGCCCCCCGAGGAGUCAGCGCUGGAGCGGCGGCUGCGGGAGGCGCGCCAGGAGGCCCAGGCCAGCAACCAGCGCUUCUGGGCACGGCACAACCGCGCCUUCCACCAGGAAAAAGAAGAAUUUAUGUAUUCAAGACUGAAAGCCAAGGGUCUGGAAAUGAGAGAUGAAUCAGGUCAAAAAGCAACACUGAAUGCAGAAGAAAUGGCUGACUUUUACAAGGACUUUCUAAAUAAAAAUUUAAAAAAGCAUUUGCAGUACAACAGAGAUUGGUAUAAACGUAACUUUAGGAUCACAUUCCUCAUGGGACAAGUAGCACUGGUGAGAGCUCUGAGGUGGCUUCGUCGGAGAAAGAAAAAUGUAGAACAGUAAUCACAGCUCCAUGAAGAAUGCAACACUAUGCUAUAAACUUGUGGUUUAUAGUAAUGUUCAAAAUCUGAAUGAUUGAUGCAAUAAUUACUUGAAUUUGUUUGUUAAACUAUGUAAAUAAAAGUCAAUACUGGUCUUAA